AUGGUCGAGGAAGGCAUUGCUGCUGGAAGUGUAAUGGACGUUAACACUGCUCUACAAGAAAGGCUGAAGACCUCGCUUAUCCACAAUGGCCUAGCUUGUGGAAUUCCUGAAGCCGCCAAAGCCUUGGACAAAAGCCAAGCCCAUCUUUGUGUUCUUGAUUCCAACUGUGAUGAACCUAUGUAUGUAAAAUUAGUUGAAGCCCUGUGUCCUGAGCACAAAAUUAACUUGAUCAAGGUUGAUGACAAGAAGCUGGGUGAAUGGGUAGGAUUCUGUAAAAUUGACAGAGAGGGGAAGCCCUGCAAAGUAGUUGGCUGCAGUUGUGUUGUUGUUAAAGACUAUGUUAAGAAAUCUCAGGCCAAAGAUGUCAUUGAAGAAUAUUUUAAAUGCAAGAAAUGA